AUGGUCAAGGAUCGUCUAAACGAGUUCCAGACUCUCUCAGGAAAAACGAACUCGACUCAUCACAAAAAUGACCGCCGUAUAUCAGCAGAGACAUCCAAACUUUUACAUGAUGAGGAAACUUCGCUAGAGGGCUUCCUGGAACGUAUGAGUGAGCUGCGAAAUAUUGUGGGUCAGCUGGAGUCAUGGUUGGAAGAAGUUCGCAUACUACAUGGAGAGCUUUUGCUCGCGCCGGCCUCUGACGGAGAGAAAUCACAACAGUUACGAGUUCUCAUGGAAAACUUUCGCACAACUUCUUUGGUGGCACGGCAAAAGAUAAAGAACGUAGACAAGGAAGUAAACAGCAAGUCUCAUCCAGACGAGUCAAAGUCAGUGGAUUCUCGCAUCAAGCGGAAUCAAGUUAGUGUCAUUUCCUAUUUUUUAUUGUUUUGUACCUUUUCUUUCACAUACCGCAUAGUCGUAGCGGCCCAACGGCUAUCAGGUGUGAAAAAUGUUAGAUUGGGUCACCAAAACUUUGCAUAACA